CGUCGGUGGACACGACUGGCGAAUCGAAUUCCAUCCAAAGGCCUCGGAUCCGAGCCUUUACGGCAGCAAUGACUGGAUCAUGUUCCGUGUUCGGCUGAUCAGCAAAGGAUCGGGCGGGGUGGCGGCGUCGUUCUGCUGCCGCCUCGUGGAUCCGAGCCCACCGAGAGAUUCUCCGGAGGAAAACAUCAGGUCAUCCAUGUUCUACGAAAACAGAUCCCUGGAUGUCCUUCUCAUCAGAUGGAGUGACCUGGCGAGCCCACGAUGUCGAAAGCUGAAAGACGACUGCAUAUUUGUGCAGUGUGCACUCACCGUCCUCGAAGCUAAGGAUGCGGCGGCGGCGUCCGACGCCGUGGCCAGUGUUCCAUCCUCCGACCUGCACCAGCAACUUGGAGAGCUGUUGCGGAGCCAGAAGGGGGCGGACGUCACGUUCAUCAUCGCUGGUGAGUCCGUCGCCGCACACAGGUCCGUGCUCGCGGCGAGGUCGCCGGUUUUCAUGGCCCAGCUCUUCGGGGACAUGAAGGAGAAGGCGUCGACGUGCGUCGAGAUCAAUGACAUGGAGGUGGAGGUGUUCAGGACCUUGCUGUAUUUCGUCUACACCGACACGGUGCCCGAGCUGGACCAGAAGGGGGAGCAGGCAACACUGAUGGCACAGCAUCUUCUUGAAGCCGCAGAUCGGUAUGGACUGGAGAGGCUCAAGAGGAUCUGUGUGGAGAAGGUGUGCACGGGCAUCAGCGUGGGUACGGUUGCAACCACGUUGGCUUUGGCGGAGCAGCACGGAUGCUCGGAGCUCAAAUCUAGGUGCAUGAAGUUCAUCGUGGCUACCCCUGAGAAUCUCCACGCUGUCGCUGCAACUGGAGGGUACAAGCAUCUCGAGGCAAGCUGCCCCUCGGUUUUGACUGAACUUCUGAAGCUCAUGGCCAAGGGGAACAAGUAGUUGGGCGUUCUGCUGUUGGGGGAGGAAAGAAGGCCUUUUGUUUUGUUUUGUUUUUCCCGUUUGUGCUUGAAGAUUAAUAGAAAUGGUCGCUUGAAACUUCCUAGUUCCUACCGACCGCACCGAUAUACGAAGAUGUCAUGUAUGGCCGUAUGGGGGGCUAAUGACGA